AAAUAGAAAAGCGUUGUGGUUGGCGAUUGAGUACCACUGGCUUUUAAAGAGAAACAAGAAGAAUCGAAUACGUUCCGGUUCUCUCAUCUCGUUUCUCAAAUCGCGCAUAUCAUCGAUACGGGAAACCAACAAAUUUUCGAACACGUUACUUUGUGAUUUCGCCUGAGAGAAAUUUUUUUUCUUAUCGAAGACAGCUUUUCAGUUCGACUUCAUAGGAGCUACGAUCCACGAUGGAGGAGUUAAUGGAACACUUGUCCACUAUAAGAAUACCAGAAAAACACGAUAAAAUAUACAAGGACGAGUGUGUUUAUUCUUUCGACACCCCAGAUAGUCUGACUGGUUUGUAUGUGAGCCUCUCCAGUUUUUUGGGAUUGGGUCAAGAUCAUGUACAGCGUUAUUACUUGUUAUCCAAAAAUCCUGUGUUUUUACACAUCAAACGAACUAAAGAAGAAAUCCCGUCAGAACCUCAAGGAGAAGGUCCUGAAAAAAAAAUUACAAGACUGGCUAUUGGAACAUCCGAUGGAUUUGCACCGGAUCAACAAAAAUACAUUUACCACGAAACUUACCAAAUUGUUAUUUUACCAAAUUUCACAAUGAUAACUUAUCCAACAGACAACUUACCCGAGAAGGUUGUGCAAGCUAUUACAUGUAUACUGGAGGCAGAAUCUGCUACAAAGUUAGCAGAGAUAGAAGCAUUGUCUGGAACUUGGGACGGAGAAUUGAAAGCAGUUUCGAAGCAUGCAGCUAGUCUUAAACAAUUAGACAACAGAAGGAAGAUACCUCCAAGCGGAUGGAAAUGCGAGAAAUGUGACCUAACCCAAAAUCUAUGGCUCAAUUUAACCGAUGGCAGUAUUCUGUGUGGACGUAAAUUUUACGAUGGAACUGGUGGAAAUGAUCAUGCUGUUGAACACUAUAGAAUUACCGGCUAUCCUUUGGCUGUGAAACUAGGAACCAUAACUAAAGAAGGAAAAGGAGAUGUGUAUUCUUAUGACGAAGACGAUAUGGUCGAGGAUCCAAAUUUAGUACAACAUUUAGCUCACUGGGGCAUCAAUAUUACUCAAAUGGAGAAAACUGAUAAAUCCAUGAUAGAGCUUGAAUUGGAUCUCAACCAGAAGUUUGGCGAAUGGGUAGCACUCCAAGAAGCAGCAAGCAAAUUAACACCAUUAUAUGGACCUGGAUAUACGGGUCUGGCCAACUUGGGAAAUUCUUGUUAUAUAAGUAGCGUUAUGCAAAUGUUAUUUGUGAUUCCAGAUUUUAUUAAAAGGUAUAUAGAUCUUGCUCCAGAGAUAUUCCAACAAAAUUAUACCGAUCCAGCGGGUGACUUUAACGUUCAGAUGGCCAAACUUGGGAUCGGUUUACUUUCUGGUAAAUAUUCGGUGCAACCAAACACGAAUAACGAAGAGGAAUCGCGCCAAGGUAUUUCUCCUCGGAUGUUCAAGACGUUAGUUGGCCGUGGGCACCCCGUAUUUUCUUUGAAUGGACAACAGGAUGCACAAGAGUUUAUUCUUCACAUAAUAAAUGUCAUAGACCGUCACAGUCGCCAUCAAUCGAAUCCUACUGACUGUUUUAAGUUCAAAGUCGAGGAAAGGUACCAGUGCAGUCGUUCGAAUAAAGUAAAAUACACUCAUCGUCCAGAAUAUCUACUGCCACUCCCUAUACCUGUAGAAUCUGCGAUAAAUAAGGAAGAAGUUGCGGCAUACGAAGCUUUAAAGCUGGAAGCAGAAACGAAAGGCCAGAAGCUAGACUCAAAUACAUUAGUUAGACCUCGUAUAAAACUUUCGUCUUGUCUGCAGGCGAUCAUUCGGCCUGAAACGGUCGAGCAAUUUUAUAGUUCAGCCCUAAACGAGAAAACAACAGCACUGAAGACAACCAGACUAGCCACUUUUCCAGAUUAUUUAUUGAUACACUUGAAAAAGUUCACGGUAAAAGAAGACUGGACACCGGUCAAGUUGGAUGUAGCUGUUGAAAUGCCGGAUACGUUGAAUCUGAGUUCUCUCCGAGGGAACGGUUUGCAGCCUACGGAGAAAUUGUUGCCAGAGACAAGCGGUGCCGAACCUUUGAUAUUGUCUUUCGAUACUGCGAUACUGUACGAAUUGAUAGAAAUGGGAUUUCCAUCGGAGGCUUGUAAAAAGGCUCUCUAUUUCACGGAGAACCGUGAUACAGAGACUGCUAUAAACUGGUUGAUGGAACACGUUGCGGACUCCGAUUUUGCAGAUCCCUUUGUACCGCCCGGAUUCGAUCUACAAAAGAAAGAUAAAUUCACAGCUAAUGAGGAAGCUGUGGCGAUGGUGGUAGGAAUGGGCUUUACGAGGGAACAAGCAAUAAAAGCACUUAAAGCGACCGACAACAAUUUAGAACGCGCAGCGGAUUGGAUUUUCAGCCAUCAGUCUGAAUUAGAUGCUAUGGACGUUGGUGAAGAACAGGGACAUUCCGAGGAGGUGUUCAGAGAUGGGAAUCACCAAUACAAAUUAGUGGGCUUUUUGUCGCAUAUGGGACCUGCAACAUCGGUAGGGCAUUACGUGUGUCAUCUGUUAAAAGACGAACGAUGGGUGAUAUACAACGACGAGAAAGUUGCAUUGUCUGAAAAUCCACCAAAAGAAUUAGGAUACAUAUAUCUAUAUCAACGCAUCGAUUAGAUUAUACAAUUGUUUUGUAUAAAAAAAAAUGUAUUCUAUUAUACUUUAACAAUAAAAACCGACGGGACAGAA